CUACAUGCCGCUAGCUAAUUAUUUUGCGGCCCAUAUCGCUGCGACGCGCGCCGAGGAGUGAGCUCAGUCGCACAGCACAUCGGCAUUGCGCCAACCGCCGUGACCGCAGCCGCACGUCACGUGCGCGCCGGCUGCCCCCCCUACAUCUCGGGCUGCCUAAAACAAAAGCAGACCCCAGCCGAGCUAAGCAAAGCACCAAAAACCAGGCGUACACCAUGAACGCCCCGGAACGCCACCGCUCCUACCAGCUCGACGAAGGACAGGCGCGCAUGACCUACGAGCCCGACCAGCGCGUCGCCUCGGCAGGCACGUUCACGAUAAACAAGGAGGAUCAUACGGUCGGUAAUUUAUUGAGGAUGCAGCUCCUGCGCGAUGGCGACACGCGCUUCGCCGGCUACCAGCUGCCCCACCCGCUCGAGCACGUCUGCCACGUCAAGGUCGAGACGGCGCCGGGGCGCGCGCCCGUCGAGGUCAUGGGCGGCGCCGUCACGGACCUGCGGCAGGAGGUCGAGCUCCUGGACCGGGGCUUCCGGGACGAGUGCGCGCGGGCCCGCGAGGAGGCCGACGCGCGGCCCAUGGAGACGUAAGUACUGGUAGUAGAAUUCAAAUUAUAAUGCCGCCAGUGGCGGGGGGAGGGGGUCGCGUGG